CUUUUAUUUGAACGGAAACGGUGGUGUUUUGUUGACAAACCAGAAAACAUGUCUGCCCACAGCAGUGAUGCUGAUAACUCCAGUAAAGAUGCUGACAUCUCGUCUGUUAUGGGCUUCUCUGGAUUUGGAAAGAAAGCUCGAACCUUUGAUCUCGAGGCCAUGUUUGAGCAGACGAGGCGGACAGCUAUCGAGAGGAGUCAGCGUGUGUUAGAUGAGCGAGAGCAACAUGAGGAUGCUCGUACCGUCAGCCAGAAAGAGAAACCAACCACAUCUUCUGCCAGGAAACAGGAAACUGACAGCAGUGACAGUGACGGGUCAGACUCUGAUGUCAUCGGACCACCGGUGCCUCCUGGAUUCAGCGCUCAGACAGAGGAGAAUGAUGGUGAUGAUGAUGAUGAUGAUGAUGAUGUGGUCGGACCGCCGUUGCCGCCCGGAUACGGACGCGCCACUGCCAAUGAAGACGAGGAUGAUGAAGAUGAUGAUAUGGACGAUGAGGAAGAUGAUACUCCAGUGAAGAAGAUUCCAGAUACUCAUGAGAUCACUCUUCAACAUGGCAUGAAAACUGUAUCAGCAUUAGCUCUGGACCCUUCUGGCGCUCGUCUGGUUACUGGUGGUUACGACUAUGACGUGAAGUUCUGGGACUUUGCCGGGAUGGACGCUGCGCUGCAGGCCUUCCGAUCUCUGCAGCCGUGCGAAUGUCAUCAGAUCCGAUCGCUGCAGUACAGCAUCACUGGUGAUGUCAUUCUAGUGGUGGCGGGAAACUCGCAGGCGAAGGUUCUGGAUCGAGACGGCUUCCAGGUUCUAGAGUGCGUCAAAGGGGAUCAGUAUAUUGUGGACAUGGCUAAUACCAAGGGUCACACGGCGAUGCUGAAUGACGGCUGCUGGCACCCAAAAAUCAAAGAGGAGUUUCUCACCUGCUCCAAUGAUGGGACCGUUCGGACGUGGGACUUGAACUCUGAAAAAAAGCACAAGUCCGUGUUUAAGCCGCGAUCACUGCAGGGUAAGAAAGUGACGCCCACCUGCUGUACGUACAGUCGAGACGGCAAACUCAUUGCCGCGGGCUGCCAGGACGGAACCAUCCAGAUCUGGGACAGGAACUUAAGCGUCCACACCAAGUUCCACUGUCGUCAGGCCCACACGCCCGGAACGGACACUUCCUGUCUCACCUUCUCCUAUGACGGACUAACUCUGGCAUCACGGGGAGGCGAUGACACUCUGAAGACGUGGGACAUUCGGAAUUUUAGGAAACCUCUCAGUGUUGUUAAUGGUUUGAACACCUUCUUUCCAAUGACAGAUUGCUGUUUCAGUCCAGAUGAUAAACUCCUCGUCACGGGCACCUCUGUAAAGAAAGACAAAGGCAACGGGAAACUGGUGUUCUUUGAGAGAGAAUCGCUUAAAAAAGCCUACGAGAUUGAAGUCACCAAUGCGAGCGUCGUCCGCUGUCUUUGGCAUCCCAAGCUGAAUCAGAUCAUGGUUGGAACGGGGAACGGUCUGGCCAAGGUUUAUUAUGACCCAGUCAAGAGUCAGAGAGGUGCAAUGUUAUGCGUAGUAAAGAGUAAGAGGAAAGAGAAACACGCCGAGACUCUGACGCAAGACUACAUCAUCACCCCUCACGCUUUGCCGAUGUUUCGUGAGGCUCGACAGCGCAGCACCAGGAAACAGCUGGAGAAGGACCGACUCGACCCGCUCAAAUCACACAAACCUGAACCCCCCGUGUCAGGCCCAGGUAGGGGCGGGCGAGUGGCAGCCCAUGGCGGCACACUGUCCUCUUACAUUGUGAAAAACAUUGCUCUGGACAAAUCCGACGACAGCAACGCCCGAGAGGCCAUCCUGCGUCACGCCAAAGAAGCCUCAGAGAAUCCCUACUGGGUCGCACCGGCCUAUGAAAAGACGCAGCCGGAGCCUGUGUUUGCCGAGGAGGAGGAGGAGGAAGAGGAGGUCGACAAAGAUCAGCCUGAAUGGAAGAAACGCAAAAUCUAACGAGAGUUUCGGGUUCAUUUUCACUUCAAGAUUAUCAACUGGAAUUAAAAUACAGAGAAGUUGCUUCAAUAUGAAUUCUCCCAUAAGCAAUUUCUCAACUUUUGAGUCUUUAAUUGUAGUGUGUGUGUGUGUGUGUGUGUGUGUGUAUAAGUAAGUGUGACAAAAAGGAGACCGUAAAAUAUUGUCUCUUUGCUAAAAUCAUAAUUGGUCAUUUUUAUUACAGCUCAGAUUCCUGUUUGCAGAUGAUGGCUUAGAUUUGAUAUUAUCAGUUGCCUAAAUUUUUGUCCUUGUCCAUUAUAUUUUAGUCUUUUAUAAAAAAAUAAAGAAAUGCAGUGUGUGUCCACAGCUUAUUUUUCUUUCACGUGUUUGCAUGCAUUACUGAACAUACUGACAGUCACAGCAGUCGAGUAAUUUACCUUUUUUGGCAUGUGGGAAAACAAAGAUGUUUGUUCUGUUUUUUUUAGUGAUAGAUAAUAGUGUUUUUUAUAUUUUGUUUAACCUGUAGGAUGCUUUGCUGUUGUCACAUUGUUUUGAUGUUCUCUGGUGAUGAUAUCAUUUAUAUUUUUAAUAUGCUUAAUAUUUUAAUAUAAUAAUUAUUAUUUUAUUUUUUUAUUUGGGUGGAAAAUGUGCUUAAUUGUCAUAAAAAUAAUGCAUCAAUGCAAAAACAAUUUUCUUUUAGCAAAAUAUUUGUUCUUAUUGAUUUUUGGGUGAAAUAUGACCUGGACAGGUUACAUGAGAUUCCAUAAAACAACCUUACUUGCAAAUGAUUGAGUAGUCCAAUUCAUACAAAAAUAAAGACAAAGGAAAUAAAA